AUGUCAUCGUCCCCCGUUAUAGCGGCACCGCAUAUCUUGAAGCUGCUCUCGCAGCUACACCAGAUCUCAUUGGAGCAGGAAGCCACCAUUUCGAAAACUGGAAAGAAAGUCUUCUCUUCGGAUGUACUUCGUGACCUUGAAGAUAAAAAGUCAGCGAAAGAGCCCAAGGAUGACUUUGAUCGUCUCAUGCUGGACAAGUUCAUCGCCUUGGAUGAAGACAAAUGCCAAUUCACAUAUCAAUUGAUCAACGCCAAGGGUGCGACCAACGUCGUCGAAGCAGGUACCAGCUUCGGUGUCAGUACCAUCUACCUAGCCCUCGCUAUCGCCAGAACAAAAGCCGCCACUGGUAAAUCGGGCGUUGUGAUUGCGACCGAAAAGGAGAAGGAAAAAGCCGUGAUCGCAAGAAAAUAUUGGGCGCAGUGUGGUCCAGAAGUCGAGCAAGAGAUUGACCUGAGAGAGGGUGAUCUGCUUGAGACUCUGAAAACGGAUCUGCCAGAGGUUGAUCUGUUACUACUGGAUAUUUGGUCGGCACUUUCUCUCCCAACAUUGAAGACUGUCUUACCUCGUAUGAGGCCAGGUGCCGUUGUGCUCACUGAUAACACAAUUUCUGGGGCAAAGGGCUACGCUGACUUGCUGGCUUUCCUGCAAGCUCCAGAAAAUGCGUUCCAGAAUAUGACUCUACCUUUCACCAAUGGAUUUGAAAUGAGUGUAUAUAGACCAGAGCAGAAAUAG